CGGUACAAAAUAGUGAGUUGGCUCCUCGACUAAAGUCACCAACUCCCUACCUGCAAUUAAGGAUGCUCUAUCAACCUAGGCAGAUAUUCUCAUUCUAGGUUAACGCAGAAACAACAGGAAUUUGAUCAGGAUUCAAGUCAUUCAAUCAUUCAAACCUCAAUCGAAUAUAAUCAAAUCAUAGAAUCAGUACUUGGGUUCAUACAAUCAAAGCCUAACAUACAAAUCUAGGGUUCUCCAUACCCAGAUGAACGGGAGAACUACUCCAUGGAGAAAGAAGCAAAAGCAGAAUCAGACGCGGAAUUCAUACUGUGAAGGAGGAUUCCUGCUCCUGGACGUUGAUCGGCACUUCUCCAAGCUCAAACUGGCCUCCAAUGGUGAUGAAGAUCAAGCUAGGGCACUUGGAGACUCUUGUUCGUCACUUUCUCUCUCUAGGAAUCGCUCUGUCUCUCUAAAACUCGAAUCCCCUUCUGUUUUGGCUGAAAUCUGCUUAAAAGGGCAUCAGUGGCAAAAGCACGGUCGAGGGCACGGCCGUGUAAUGCCUCAGCCUGCCCGUGCUUUGGCUAGGGUUAAUUACACGGCCACUGAGUUGGGAGAAACACGGGCGUGUUUGAUGAUGGACACGGUCGUGCUUUGGUGGACACGACCGUGCUUUGUCUAAGCCCUGCCCGUGUUUUUAGCCAAUGUUUGCCAAACUCGAAUUAGCUCUCGGCAGUAAAAGCACGGCCACAGAACACGGCCGUGUUCUGUUUUAGGUGUGCCCGUGUUUUGGCUCCAGCUCGACGAAAUGACUUCCGAAUGCCCCGAAACUCGUGCUUCGCCUUUCCUUUGACACCUGGAACCUGAAAUAUGACAAAAUAUCACAACCCGGCGUAAAAUAGGCCAAAAAUACACGACUAUGCCCCUCAAACGGAUAAGAACUAGGGGCGCAAAUAUGUGCAAUUACAUCGUUAUCACUUCCUUAGACGAAAGUCGUUCUCACUUUCAUCCUUUAAACUUUACUAUCAAACAGUCUAUAAGAGAUCUCUACUCUGAUCUUGCCUUUAGAGUUUCCUUACUUAUAUUCUUAAUCCAAAGACACCAACACAAGGGACCACCGCAUUAUGUCUCUUCGUCCGGUGUCCCUACCCUAGUAUGCCAACCGCGUUACGUCUCGCCGUCCGGUUGCAUACCCAAACUCGGCAAUGGAACUGUGUUACGUCUCGCCGUCCAGUCCAUGCCCGUCAUUUACUGUGUUACGUCUCGGCGUCCAGUAGUGACCCAACAUACUCGAUCAACUGCUGCAUUACGUAUCGCCAUCUAGCAGUGACCCAACCAUCUACCGCGUCCAGUAGUGGCCCAACCGCUCGGGGGUUCCUCUUACCAUUAACCAACUAUUACAAUCAUACACCCAUACAUUCAUACAUAGCACAACGCGUGCAUCCACCCUUACAGGCGGUGGGAUGCUUCACACACAUAUCGCACAUUACUCAAAAAUUAACUAAUUAAUAACUUGAACGAAAAGCAUAAACUAAAAGACCCGCGACAGAGAUUUUACCCCCUUUACACUCACCUUAUUAACCAAUUCGAUUAUGCUUGAGCUAACCAUCAAAUCCACAAAUACCGGGUCCUUGAUUUUGGCUGAAGUUGAUCGCAUAUCCAUAGCCAUGUAGCCACCCAAACCACCCCUGACUUUAAGGACCUGCGAACCAAUUGUCACCCCCAUAUGGAACACGCCAGCAGCUCAGUGGUGGCUCUCAAUUGCGCACCUCUCAGCUUAGCUCGAGCUGAGCUAUCUUGUACGAUGUCCCCGACAUCUCAUCGCCUACCAUCAAUUUGUCUCGAAGACAUGGACUCAUUGACGACUAUCGAUUCCAGGUUUGUAUAGCCGCUCUUGUAUCAUCGAUGGUGCCAUUCGCAUGGAAAGUUUGACAGGAAAAAAUACCAGCAUCACAAUCAAACUUCCAUACACAACAACAGACAAGAGUACCCUGCGUCCAUGCUUGUGCACAGGAUCAUCAAUUAAAUCACGGAAUGGAUUGUAGUUUGGAUCGGCAGGAUCUCUGAGGAAAUAGAGUACUCCAUGGCGUAAAAUCCUUCGAAGAAGGCUUACACCUUCCCCGUUGUCUCUUCACCAAUGAGAGCUCUUUGAGUACCCACCUUGCUGCAUUGAUGUUCACAGGGUCGUCAUCUGCCCCCACUCUCUCUAUUUCUCUCAACUCAUUGCUUGCGGUAGCCCCAGGUUUGUGACGGGGAGAGGAAAGGGAUGGGCGUGGGUUUAUUUCCCUUGAUGAUCGUGCAACGGCUGGGAUUUGAGCGGCUGCUCUUGGAAGCCGGAACUUGAGAGAGGAAAGGAUGAGUCGGCCGCCCCACUAUUUUUUUUUGUUUUAAUAAUAUAAUAAUAAUAGUUAU